AUGGCGUUUCGACAUUCGCACUCUUCUGAGUGUGUGAAGUCGGAGUUGGACCUAUUUACCAUACCACCUACCCAAACAAGCCUUGGAGAAGAAUAUAUUGAUUUGGCACAUACCAUGAUCAAAGUUCGCGCCAGAAUCGUGAGACCCGAUCGCGCUGCUGCUCUAGACGACUCUGUUGGUCCUUUGUUACGCCUCCAAAUAAUCUGUCCUCACAGCUUGGAAUUUCACUUUGGGCUACGGAUAGCAAUGGAUUCUACUGCUGUAGCGACCGGCGAUGCGAGAACCAACAAUGGGCUAGCGGCACGUCAGGCAUUUACUAAAGGUGGAAAAACAUUUGAUCUACUGGGACAUUUACAUUGUGACGUGUUCAAUCAAGAUAAGUUUUUGAUGAAUGGCGUAGAGUUACGCGUUCGUCUUAUCCGUGCAAAGGAUGCCUAUCGUCUUAUGGACGAUAGUGCCCUGAAUUAUAAGGUGCACAUAGAAGAAGCCUCCUUGCUAGUUCGCCGUGUGAAACUCAGCCCUGGAAUUUUGAUAGCUCACACUAAAACGCUUGCAAAGACAACUGCGAAAUAUCCUUUGACACGGGUGGAGGUCAAAUCUUUUGUUCUCCAUAGGGGGAUUAUGGAAGAGACAAUAGACAAUGCCAUUUUGGGGCAACUGCCUAACAGAUUCAUACUGGGAUUUGUUGAAAAUGUCAGUUUCAACGGAUCGAGGAAGAAGAAUCCCUUCAACUUUCAAAAUUUCGGGAUAAACUUUUUAUGCCUGAAUGUCGAUGGACGUCAAGUACCUACAAAACCUCUGCAACCGAGUUUCACCUCUGACGUCUGCCUAGAUGUGGAGGCAUUCAACACCCUAUUUGCUGGUACUGGAACACAUUUCGGCGACCAUGGAAAUAACAUCUCGCGGCCGGCCUAUUCCGAGGGAUUUUGCUUGUUCGCAUUCGAUCUGACUCCUGAUUUAUCUGCAAGUUCCGCUGGCCAUUGGAAUCUGGUGAAAAGUGGAAGUAUUCGCAUUCAAGUUCGCAUCCAUGGAGCAACAGAGAAGAAUAUAAAUUGCGUGUUGUACGCCGAAUAUGACAAUUUGCUAGAAAUUGAUUCCACAAGGCAGGUUAUUGUCGACUACAGUGGGUGA